AUGAACAUGUCCUACGAGUUACGCUUGGACUUGGAUUACUCCAACUACACUGCACUCGGCGGCGACCAAAAUGGCACGAAUACGUCAGACCCGGGAAAGGACGCGUGGGACCGCUGGAACACUCUUAUCGAAGACCACGCAGUCGUCGUAUCUCUCCUCCUAUUAUUCUCGAUGACCACGGUCUUUGGCAACAUGCUUGUCAUUUUGGCCGUCAUUAGAGAAAGAUAUUUGCACACGGCCACAAAUUACUUCAUAACAUCCCUAGCGGUAGCCGAUUGCUUGGUCGGGCUGGUGGUAAUGCCGUUCAGCGCCCUCUACGAAGUGUUGGAUCACACUUGGUUUUUUGGCACCGAUUGGUGCGAUAUAUGGAGAUCGCUGGAUGUGUUAUUUAGCACUGCUAGCAUACUAAAUUUAUGCGUUAUAUCCUUGGACCGAUAUUGGGCCAUCACCGAUCCAAUCACGUAUCCUAUGAGGAUGACGCGAAUAAAAUCAGCCUUGCUUAUAGCUGCCGUAUGGGUGUGUUCAAGUGCCAUUUCCUUCCCCGCUAUAGUCUGGUGGCGGGCUGUUAGAACCGAACCCAUACCCGCGUACAAAUGCCCUUUCACAGAACACUUAGGCUACAUUAUAUUCUCCUCGACUAUAUCCUUCUACUUGCCUCUUUUCGUAAUGGUGUUUACUUACUACAGAAUAUAUAGAGCCGCUGUGGCGCAAACUAGAUCUCUACGGUUAGGCACCAAACAAGUUCUACUUGGUUCAGGGGAACUCGAAUUAACCUUAAGGAUCCAUAGAGGGGGCACUUGCAAAAUACCCACCCCAGAGACGCGCCAUCUAUACUCAACCCAGGAAGACGAACCUUUAACAGCCCUCCAAAAUAACGGUUUGGCUCGUAUGCCCUCCGCUCGCCUAGGUCCUCACAGCAAAAACUUUUCGCUGAGCAGAAAGUUGGCCAAGUUCGCCAAAGAAAAGAAAGCGGCCAAAACUCUCGGUAUAGUUAUGGGAGUGUUUAUUGUGUGUUGGUUGCCAUUUUUUGUUGUUAACUUGUUGUCCGGGUUUUGUCUGCAGUGCAUAUGGCACGAGGAGAUCAUCUUGGCAGUGGUCACGUGGUUGGGAUGGGUCAAUUCCAGCAUGAAUCCGGUCAUCUAUGCCUGUUGGAGCAGAGACUUUAGAAGGUAA